CGUGAAAUGACGUGAGGAACGUGUUCGCCAUAAUGAUAAUAAACCGUGAACACAAAGCUACACUGUAGCAUUUUAAGCUUUGGCUUUGAAACAGUGGUCGGUACGUAGAUAUUCACCAAGGAGCAACCAAGUUUGGACUGAUAUCAGUCUUGGAAAAUUCGCUAAAACCGAGGAAGAACUGAGCGAACAACGAGGCUGCGCUAUGGCGUCGGCGUCUGCCAGCGUGGACUCCAAGGCAGAGCUGACUGCUUUACUGGAACAGUGGGAGAGGGAGCAGCAAGGCAGCACACAGGAGCUGGUUAACAUCAUCACCAAAAUCUCAGAGCUUGUUGAGAAAGAGACAGAGGAAUACCACAAAGCGGACCCCGACCCUUUUGAUGAUCGACACCCUGGGAGAGCUGAUCCAGAAUGUGUGUUGGGGCAACUGCUCAAGAUCCUGUUCAAGAAUGAUGACUUUAUGAACACACUGGUGAAUAGCUAUGUGAUGACCAGCAGAGAAUUUCCCCUAAAUGCAGCAGCAUGCCGCCUGCUUCAGAACAUCAUGCCUGGAUUGGAGACGGCUGUUGUCUUUCAGGAAAAGGAGGGCAUAGUUGAGAGGCUGUUUAAGUGGGCUCAGGAGGCCGAGCAGCCGCUCAGGAUCUACGCUACGGGCUUGUUGGCCGGGGCUAUGGAGAACCAGGACAUCGCAGCCAACUACAGGGAGGAGAACUCUGUUUUGGUGCCUUUGAUGCUGCAUCGGUUGCGUGAGCUCCAGGAUAAAGAUGCUGAGAAUAAAAGGGAAAUCAAACGGCCCAGCCCCUGGAAGAAUUUGAGUGAGCCUUUGCUCACUUUGGACGAGGAGACUGUUGACGGAAGCUUUGAAGAGAAGUCCUUCGCACCGGGGAGGAACGGGGCUGAAAGGGAGGGGACAGAGGAGGAUGGCCAAAUAGCCUUCUCAACCAUCGAGCCUGAAAACGAGCUUUCGUUCCGACUCAACUCCCCUCAUAAGACCAGCAGUCGUGCCAACUCUGCUGUUAAGACUAUGAUGAAGCCCAUGUCUGCCCCUGGUUCAAUGACAUACCAAGGCAUGUCGGAUGGCAGCAGCUUCCUGAAAAGGAAGGCAGAUAGGGAGAGCGGCAGGACCUCAAAACAGAAGCUAAAUUUCUCCUUGCCAGACCCAGAGAGGAACUUUAGCGAGCUUUCCAACAGCAGCUGGUCAGAGAUGAGCCCCUGGGUGAUUGGCAACAACUAUCAUCUGUACCCUCUGACCCCCGAAAUCGAGCAGAGGCUAAUCCUGCAGUACCUCACCCCUCUGGGAGAAUAUCAGGAGCUGCUGGCGGUGUUCAUGCAGAUGGGAGCUCGUGAGCUGCUCAUGCAUUAUAUGGAUCUAAAGCAGACCAAUGAUGUGCAGCUGACCUUUGAGGCUCUCAAGUACCUGGCUUCUCUGCUGCUGCACAAGAAGUUUGCUGCAGAGUUUGUGGCUCAUGGAGGAGUUCAGAAGUUGUUGGAAAUCCCCAGACCGUCUAUGGCUGCUACUGGAGUGUCUCUGUGCCUCUACUACCUAGCCUAUAACCAGGAUGCCAUGGAAAGGGUGUGCAUGUUGCCCCACUCCAUCCUGUCAGAUGUGGUUGGUUACACGCUGUGGCUGCUGGAGUGCUCACAUGCGUCCGGCUGCUGCCACGCCACCAUGUUCUUCUCCAUCUCCUUCUCUUUCCGUGCCGUGCUGGAGCUCUUCGACAGGCAGGACGGACUCCGACGCCUCGUCAACCUGAUCAGCACGCUGGAGAUCCUGAACCCGGAGGACCAGGGAGCGCUGCUGAGUGAUGAUGAGAUUUUCUCCAGCAGGCAGACAGCCAAGCACACCUGCAUGGCCCUGCGCAGGUACUUUGAGGCGCACCUGGCUAUCAAGGUGGAGCAGGUGAAGCAAUCCCUGCAGCGCACAGAGGGUGGCGCCCCCAUUCACUCCCAACCAUACUAUAAGGCGGUCAGCUAUACCCGAGAUCAGGUGGUGGAAAUGAUGGAGUUCCUGAUAGAGUACGGCCCUCUCAGGCUGUACUGGGAACCAGCGGAGGUCUUUCACAAGCUCUCAUGCGUCCAGCUCCUCCUGCAGCUCAUCUCCAUCGCCUGUGACUGGAGGACGUAUUAUGGCAGGAGCGAUACAGUGCGUUACGCUCUUGACAUCCUGAGCAUCCUCACAGUUGUUCCUAAGACGCAGAUGUUGUUGUCUGAGGCUGUUGCUGUGCUGGAUGAGGGAGGAUCCACUGUUUCCACUGUUGGAAUGAGUAUAGUCCUGGCAGUAGCAGAGGGAGAGGUGUUUGUAAACGAUGCCGAGAUUCAGAAGUCCGCUCUGCAGGUCGCCAUCAACUGCGUGUGUGCUCCAGACAAACGCGUGUCCAGCAUUGGCAAGUUCAUCGCAGGAACCCCCCGCCGCCGCCUGCCUCAGCAGACCAAAGCCAGCGAGAGUGUGCUCACUAAGAUGUGGAAUGUGGUGCAGUCGAACAAUGGCAUCAAGGUGCUGCUGUCCCUGCUGACGGUGAAGAUGCCCAUCACGGAUGCAGAUCAGAUCCGAGCGUUGGCUUGUAAAGCUCUGGUGGGUCUGUCUCGCUCCACCUCCGUCAGACAGAUCAUCAGCAAGCUGCCGUUGUUCAGCAGCGGACACAUCCAGCAGCUCAUGAAGGAGCCUGUGCUGCAGGACAAACGCAGCGAACAUGUCAAGUUCUGUAAGUUUGCAGCCGAGCUGAUAGAGAGGAUCUCCGGGAAGCCGCUGAUGAUCGGUACGGACGUGUCUCUGGCGUGGCUGCAGAGGGCCAGUGUGGUCGCCAAGUCCAGGAUCUCCUUCCCAGAGAAAGAGCUGCUGCUGCUCAUCAGGAACCACCUGGUUGCCAAAGGCCUUCAUGACACCGCCACCACACUCACCAAGGAGGCAGAUCUCCCCAUGACAUGUCUGUCUCAUUCUUCACAUGUAGCUUCUGCUUUCCCUCCUGUCGCACCCCCCCUACCUGUCUCCCCUGUUGCUACUCUACCCCGCACCCCACGGCUGGCCAACGGUGUCGGGUUAAGACUCGUAAAUCAUCCCUCUCAUUCGUCCUCCCCAGGAUGCAGCAAUCCACAAUCACGUCCCUCCCCGUCACUACUCAACUUGUGUUCUUCCACUGCUCUCCCCUCACCGUGUGUCCCGCCCUGUACCAACGGCUCCCCACUGAUUGGUCGAAUCGUUUUCUCUCGGGAAAGGCUAGCGCCGUGUACUACGGUGAGCUGCAAGAAACCCCGGGUGCUGAGGCAGAAGUCUGACCAUGGCGCCUUCAGCCAGAGUCCGGCCAUGAAGAAGCAGUUUGACAGGCACCUGCCCUCCCCCCCUGCACUGGACAGCAUUAUCACAGAGUACCUCAGGGAACAGCAUGCGCGCUGUAAGAACCCUGUGGCAACAUGCCCGCCUUUCUCUCUCUUCACCCCCCAUCAAUGCCCCGAGCCCAAACAGAGACGCCAAGCACCCAUCAACUUUACAUCCCGACACACACGGCGGGUUAUCUAUCCUAAAUACGGAGGCGUGGAUGGAGGCUGCUUUGACAGACAUCUCAUCUUCAGCAGAUUCCGUCCCAUCUCCGUCUUCAGAGAGGCGGACGAGGAUGAGAGUGGAUUCAUGUGUUGUGCCUUCUCAGCUCGCGAGCGGUUCCUGAUGCUGGGGACGUGCACGGGGCAGCUCAAACUCUACAACGUGUUUACAGGCCAGGAGGAAGCCAGCUACAGCUGUCACAGUUCAGCCAUCACUCACCUGGAGCCCUCACGGGAUGGCUCUCUGCUCUUAACGUCAGCCUCCUGGAGUUACCCUCUGUCUGCGCUCUGGGGCAUGAAAUCCGUCUUCAUCAUGAAGCAUUCUUUUCUGGGCGACCACUAUGUGGAGUUCAGUAAGCUUUCCCAAGAUCGAGUCAUUGGUACUAAGGAACAUAUAGCACGGAUUUACGACAUCCAGACGGGACAGGUAACUCUGACUCUGAACAACCCAGACCUGGCUAACAACUACAAGAGGAACUGUGCCACCUUCAACCCAACAGACGACCUUGUGCUGAACGACGGCGUGCUGUGGGACGUGCGCUCAGCUCAGGCCAUACACAAGUUUGACAAGUUCAACAUGAACAUCAGCGGUGUGUUCCAUCCCAACGGCCUGGAGGUCAUCGUGAACACGGAGAUUUGGGAUCUGCGGACCUUCCACCUCCUCCACACAGUCCCCGCUCUGGACCAGUGCAGAAUAGUCUUCAACAACAACGGCACCGUCAUUUAUGGAGCAAUGUUGCAGGCUGACGAUGAAGACGACAUGAUGGAGGUGCAGAGGAAAAGUCCAUUUGGGUCAUCGUUCAGGACCUUCAAUGCCACAGACUACAAACCCAUCGCCACCAUUGAUGUCAAGAGGAACAUAUUUGACCUUUGCACCGAUACCAAAGACUGCUACCUAGCUGUGAUUGAGAACCAAGACUCUGUAAACACCGACACCGUGUGCAGGCUGUACGAAGUCGGCCGGCAGAGACUCGCAGAGGAAGAGGAGGAGGAUGAGGAGGAUCAGGAGGAUGACGAUCAGGAUGAAGACGACGAUGACGAUGACGACUCGGACGACGACAUCGAUACAGAUCCUCUUAUCGCCGAGCUAGACAACGAGAACGGUGGAGAGGAUGAGGACGAUGAAGAGGAGGAUGAUGGGAAUGAGGAGUUCUCUCCCUCUGAUGAAGAGGUAGCUCGCCUUCUCGAAGAAGAUGUCGACGUUGGGGACGACGACGAUGAGGAUGACAAUGAUGAGGAAGAUUCUGAUAAUGAAGAUGUUGAUCUGGAUGGAGACAAUGAACCCAGAAGGAUCGGGACGCGAUGCCGGAAAGUCAGGAUUUGGCGGGCGGCUGUAGACGUCGACGGGAUCCCGGCGCUCCGAGCCACCAUUUUUGGGAUUUUCAUGACUUCACGGAUUCCUGCCAGCGAGGAAGGGCCACCUUCAGAAGUGGCCCAGGAGGUGAACUGGUGCCUCUCCAGUAUCAGGUCCACACUCAGGUCUUCCGAUGGAUGGUUCACCAGCCCUGUGUUGGGCCCAGGAUGA